AUGAGGCGGAUAGGAGAAGAGCAGCUCUGGUGGAUACAUCCCUUGAGGUUGAUGUUAAGUUCAUACCUGCAGAGGCACCAUUGCCUACUCCGACCUCCGGGCCUUCAGCCUAUUAAGAUCACUCAGGCCAUGCUUUUCAAGAUAGGGCACCUAGCCCAUUCUGCUGAUGUGCGGGCUUCCAGGCUAGAGGCCAGGGUGCCAUGGAUGAUUGAGUGGGAUAUUUCAGCUACGUUGACACCCUUAUGGAUGCCGAUUGAUGCUCUCACAACGAGUGUAGAGAUAUGUGAGAGAGGCAAAGGGGUUACUUUCGAGGUGAUGGCUUUGAAAGCCAAGGUUUCUGAUUUGAAGAAGGAUGUGGACUAUCAGUCCACAGACUUCACUUUACUGUUUGAUUCAACUGAGGCUCAAGGUGUCCCGACCAGUUCUGUUGUGCCUCUGGCUACCACCAGAGAUGAGCCUAUGGAUGAUGUGGCUGGUGUCGAGUUAGAGCCAAAGACGGAUGAGGAGCAGCUUGAGGCUCAGGAGGCGACCAUCUAUAAGGACUUGCCUAAUUUAGAGGAGACGAUAGUGUAG